GACGACUGACCAAAUCAAUAUCGGUACCGCAAACUGUGCUUGGACCAUCCGCCCCAUCUAACAGUCUGGAAUUACCUUGUCAACACUGGUUACUAUUCCCUGGUCAUAUGCUGUCAUAUGAUCUUCGUGAAAAAGGGCGAGCCGCCAGACGUGUUUGACGUAUUGGUUUUUCACGCGAACGUAUCCGAGAAAGAUCUCUCAAAUGAAGGGGUGCAUGUUCAAUAUCGAUGGUGGCUACCUGGAAGGUCUGUGUCGUGGUUUCAAGUGCGGUAUACUUCAGCAAAGUGAUUAUCUGAACUUGGUUCAAUGCGAAACACUCGAAGAUUUGAAGCUACAUUUGGCUGGUACGGAUUAUGGCAGCUUCUUGGCGAACGAACCAUCUCCACUCGCUGUCAGUGUGAUCGAUGACAAAUUAAGGGAGAAACUGGUUGUGGAGUUUCAACAUAUGCGCAAUCAUUCCGUUGAACCUUUGUCUCAGUUUCUAGAUUUCAUUACAUACAGUUAUAUGAUCGACAAUAUCAUUCUACUCAUCACUGGUACUUUGCAUCAAAGACCGAUUUCAGAAUUGAUCCCAAAAUGCCAUCCACUUGGUAGCUUUGAGCAAAUGGAAGCAAUUCAUGUUGCUGCUACACCUGCUGAAUUGUACAAUGCUGUGCUGGUAGAUACACCUUUAGCACCAUUCUUUGUGGAUUGCAUAUCUGAACAGGAUUUAGAUGAAAUGAAUAUCGAGAUAAUAAGGAAUACGCUCUACAAGGCUUAUUUAGAAGCAUUUUAUAAUUUUUGCAAAGAUCUUGGUGGUACAACUGCAGAUACUAUGUGUGAAAUACUUGCUUUUGAAGCAGAUAGAAGAGCAAUCAUUAUAACCAUCAAUUCAUUUGGAACUGAAUUGGGUAAAGAUGAUCGUGCAAAAUUGUACCCACGCUGUGGACGUUUGAAUCCAGAUGGAUUGGCAUCCUUAGCAAGAGCUGAUGAUUAUGAACAGGUGAAAGCUGUAGCGGAAUAUUACGCGGAAUACAGCGCCUUAUUUGAAGGAGCAGGUAAUAAUCCUGGCGAUAAAACCUUGGAAGACAAAUUUUUUGAGCAUGAGGUUCGCCUAAACGUCCAUGCUUUCCUUCAACAAUUUCACUUUGGAGUAUUCUAUAGCUACUUAAAACUGAAAGAACAGGAGUGCCGUAAUAUUGUAUGGAUUUCGGAAUGCGUUGCUCAGAAGCAUCGCGCUAAAAUAGACAACUACAUUCCUAUAUUUUAAAUUAAUCGAACGAUAUUAAAUUGACGAUAUAUCAGUCAUCUAUAUAUUUACUUCUGCAACAGUAAUAUAAUGAUUAAUUUCUAUAACCAUUUUUCUUUUAAUUUAAUGUCACGAAUAAUGCAAAAUUAUGCGAUGAUUAGUGUAACUGUUAUCAAGAGGGCUUUUGGAAGUUAUUUGAGAAAUAAUACUGCCACCCAAAUUUAUUUUAGCAAAUUCAAUUAAUAAUCGCAAAUAUAUAUAUGUAUAUCUAUCAAAUAUUGAUAAGCCAUGGCGCAUGUACACGUAUGUGUCAAGUAUUAUUUAGAAUUGUUAUCAUACAUUACAAGAGUUUAAGCAGCAUAGCAAAAUCUGUGUGUGUACAUAGUGUAUUUUAUUGUAAUCGUCAAUGUAAAUCAGUUUCACAUAUUAUCCAUAUGUUAUUAUGUUGUAAUUAUUGAUAUAUUUCACAAUGUAAUAUAAAGUAAUAAAAAUAUAUUGUAUUCUGUAUGAUUAA